GCGUGUUGCGUGUUUUUGUAUAGGUCGAGUGUUGCAUAUUGGGUUCCUCCGAUCGCUCUCAAGAAGCGUACAUUGGGGUAGCAGGCGCGGGAUCAAGCUGUGCGUUGUUGUUGUGGAUAAUCUGUGUUUAUUUUGUGACAGUGAGUGUUCUGGAUUUUGUUACUGUGGCGGAACACCAUCACCGAAGACACCCACGCCCCCUGCCGACGGCCUCUCCACCUAGACGACGCAAAAUGAGCGUGAGAUAAGCCGAGGAGGAUCGCGUGUGCCUCGACGGACCGGGAGAAGACGAAAUGCUGUCGACGGCGGCGGGGCUGGGCUACGGGGGUGGUCACCAACACCAGCACCAGCAGGCCACAGUCUCCAUGACCAACGCCACGCCCCCUUACAGCCCCCCACCCCAGGCCAGACACAGCCCCCUGCCCAGCUUCGGAUUCACCCAGGAGCAGGUCGCCUGCGUGUGCGAGGUGCUUCAGCAGGCGGGCAACGUCGAGAGGCUGGGCAGAUUCCUGUGGUCGUUACCGGCCUGUGAUAAGUUGCACAACAACGAGUCAGUGCUGAAAGCCAAGGCGAUAGUGGCGUUCCACAGGGGCAACUUCAAGGAACUGUACAAAUUACUAGAAAGUCACACCUUCAGUCCCCACAACCACGCCAAGCUCCAGGCGCUCUGGCUGAAAGCUCACUACAUAGAGGCUGAAAGAUUGAGAGGAAGGCCUUUGGGCGCGGUGGGCAAGUACCGCGUCCGGCGAAAAUUCCCCCUCCCCCGCACCAUCUGGGACGGCGAGGAGACGAGCUACUGCUUCAAGGAGAAGUCGAGGAGCGUGCUGAGGGACUGUUACAAGCACAACCCCUAUCCCAGCCCGAGGGAGAAGAGGGAGCUUGCCGAAGCGACGGGACUCACCACGACGCAGGUCUCCAACUGGUUCAAGAACAGGAGGCAGAGGGAUCGGGCAGCGGAACACAAAGACAGCACCCAGACGAACCCCGAGAAGCCCCACCUUGACUCCAGCGGCUCGGACAGCGAGGCCGAGGCCCAGAAGAUGGCUGCGGCGGCGGCGGCGGCGGCGGUGUCGUACGCGGCGCCACCCAACAUGAUGCAGACACAGAUUAACCCCUAUCAGACCAUGGGGCCGCCUACAACGUACCCCUGCCACCAACCCAUGUACCAGACCCCCCCGGAGAUGCUGCACGACUACCAGACCUUGUGACAGUGGUUGGCCGCCCCUCAGGACGCCACCGCCGUCGCUGGGAACAUGUAGAUAGCGAUUAUUAGUGAAACAAUUGUUGCGGGGCGCCUCAGGAGUGUUCUUGAGGGAGACAAAAUUGUUGUGCGGUCGAAAAUUGUCUGUUAAACAUCAUUUUUGUUCCCUUCUAUACCUUUUUAAAGUCGAUACUUUAAUUUUUUCUAUAUGCAAGUAAGCUUUAGUUUGUAAUAUAGGUAGAAAAUUAAUGGUGUACUUCACCUACUUGUUUGUAGAGAAAAAUACGUAAAACUAACACGCUUCUGAUGCGUUCCUACAACGGUAUUUAUAUACUGAAUUUUGAAAAAAAUUCUGUGUUAUUUUUCUGAAUGUGUGCAACUGACGGCAUGCAGUUUUUAAUUGCUGAAGAGCAGUUGCAAAUAUUCCUCUACGACGAACUUAUGUACUUAAGCGCUCUGAUUUUUGUUCACAUUUCUGCAAUUUGUAAAUAUUAUACAGAAUUUAAUUUAAUUUUGUACUUAAUAUUGUGAAUUAUGUAUAAAAUUGUUACAGCCUUAGAUACUAUUAUAUUUAUUUUUAUCUUAAAGAUAUCAACUUGUUUUUAAUCCAUUACUGGAUUUUGUACUACAAUACUCUUAUUUCGAUUAAAUUGCAUUUUCCCCUACACCAUUCUUUAAUUAUUGUUUAAAUAAUCUAUGGAUAUAUCGCAAAUGCAUAAUUAAAUUGAAAGUACCCAGGAAUUGCAAACUUAGGCAGGAAAAUUCUAGAUGGCGACUCCUGUGCAAGGGUCAAAUGGAUUUUAUGGUAGUGUCGCCAUCUAGCAGACUUACUCUUAAGUUUGAGUGAUUGUCCAUCUAUGGGUGGAGAUAUUAAGGAAUUUUAAUAAUGUUUAUUAUGAAACUAGACAUUAUCUGUAUAGGCCAGUCAUUAUUGCUUUUUUUCGGGAAAAAAAUACUAUUAGAAGUUUCUCUGCGGAAUA